CUUACUAAAUAACCUUACAAUGAAGUACGUUGUAGCUACUUAAAUCACCGAUUAUAUGGUACAAAAAGUAGCGAUAACCUUUGCACACGACUAUAACACUGAAGUUCUUAUCUUAGCAUAAAAAUUUCUGGCUAGCGUCAGAUGGAACAUUUGAAGAUUGGAUGACCAUGAGACAAAGUUCCAUUAUCUUACUAGCAGGAUUGUUUAUAUCCUGUUCUGCUUCCAUAUCAAGAGACAAGAAGGCCGCCUUACAAACAUGUUAUGAAUGCAGCAACAUUGCAGAUCCGGCACAAUGUUCACGUGUUGUCACGUGUCAGGCUAACGAGGUAUGCUACACACAAUCUCACACCACAUCCCUAAUAUUCCAAUCCACUGUGUACUCCAUGGGCUGCCGUCCAUCAGCGGUAUGUGACGCCCUUUCUGGUGCUGCUGUUGGAAAGAGGAGGAACGUCCGUGCAUUGGAUACCCAUUGUAACAAAUGUUGUCGAACAAAUAACUGUAACAGUCGACUCUGUGGAGCCACAGGAACCACCAAUCCAACGGCAGCUACAACUAGUCCCACGUACGUUCGUUUACUGGGUGGAUCCAAUGCUUAUGAGGGACGUGUUGAAGUUUUCCAUGGUGGUAUAUGGGGCUCAAUUUGUGAUGAUGGAUGGGGCGGUAAUGAAGCCCAGGUUGUCUGUGGAAUGCUGGGAUAUAGCAGGAGUGGAUCAGGUGGGGCACAGGGCACACUGUUUGGAGGGGCUCCACAAUAUGCCAAGAUAUUUAUGGACGAAGUGAACUGUACAGGAACAGAAGCAAGCAUCGACCUGUGUCAUUUCAAUGGAUGGGGAGUUCACGAUUGUGGACACAACGAAGAUGCAGGAGUCAUCUGUAACUCUGCAAGCAGAGAAGACAACAUAAUAUUCUUGCUGGAUACCGGUCUUGGCGGAGUUAUUUUUCGAAUGGACUUGAACACCCAGAGUUACGUCCCCAUUCCAAUGAACAAUUUGUACACGCCCACAGCUUUCGAUUAUGAUGCGACCGAUGGAAGAAUAUACUUUGUGGAUUAUAAACUCAAACAGCUGAUGAGCGUGCAUUUUAGUGGUACAGACGUGAGAGAACUGAAACAACUAGAUUCAAAUGCUGAUUUGGAAAAAAUCCAGGUCGACCCAAUCAAUCGUAAGCUAUUCUAUGCGGACACAGGAAAUAAUCUCAUUGCCUCGAUUAACUUGGACGGAAGCGGAUAUCAAAUAAUCGUGAAUCAAAGUUUGGACGAGCCACGUGAUUUGGCUCUUGUUCCCGCCACACAAAUGAUUUAUUGGACAGACUGGGGUUCAAGUCCGAAGAUCGAGAGGGCAAAUUAUGCCGGUGGCAGCAGACAAACACUUGCAUCAACCAAUUUAAAAUGGCCAAAUGGUCUUGCAUACGAUUAUACAGAGAAUCGCCUAUAUUUUGUGGAUGCUGGUACACACAAAAUCGAAGCUAUGCAACCAGAUGGAAGCAGUCGUACCGUCAUAUUAACCGAUCCAGCAGCACACUUCUUUGCCGUGUCACCCUAUCAACAAUACCUAUAUUACACUGACUGGAAUCGAGAAACAGUAAUGAGGGUCAACAAAGAUGGCAGCGGACAGAUACAAAUCGGACCCCGUGGGUUCCGACAGCUGGCGGACAUCAAGGUCCACAAAUACGGAUAUGGAAUACCAGGUGUAGUCACUCCCUCACCUAUAAUAGUAGACGAGAGUCAUAUUUUUGUCCGUCUUGUUGGAAGAGGGUACAGCAAUGAAGGUCUGGUGGAGGUUUACAUAAACGGGGAAUGGGGAACGAUUUGUGACGACAUGUGGGAUGACAGAGAGGCCAAGGUCGUCUGCGAAAUGAUGGGAUUUGGAAAGACUGGAGCGAAGGCCGUUUCUCGGGCGUACUAUGGAACAGACAGCUCUAUCAUUAUUUUCUUGGAUGACGUCAAUUGCACAGGGGAGGAAUCUCACAUCGCUCAGUGUACACACAUCGGUGACUGGGGUGUUCACAACUGCGGUCAUAACGAGGACGCAGGGGUGAACUGUACAUUUGACCUAAACACUAUUCGAGACUUUGUGCUGGUGGCGGACUCAUAUAUUCAGGAGAUUUACAGGAUGGACUUAGAGACCGGUAGUUACUCUGCUAUUCCUCAGUCUGCAGUGCGCACCCCAAUAGCAAUAGACUAUGACCCAUUGGCACACAUAGUAUACUAUACAGACGUAGUCCUGCACAUGAUUAAAAGCACCAAGUUAGAUGGAACCAACGAAAAGAUCCUAAGACGUCUCAAUAGUGCUGCCGUACCUGAUGGCUUAACUUUAGAUCUACAAAACAGACUGAUAUUCUAUACUGACACCGGAAAUGAUGUAAUUGUUAAAAUGGGAAUGGAUGGUUCUAAUGCAGUCAAUGUCACCAACACAAAUCUUGAUGAACCUAGAUCUGUGACCUUAGAUGUGGCUAAUCGAAUCGUUUUCUGGACAGACUGGGGUGUUCAUCCAAAGAUUGAAAAAUCGAACUAUGAUGGCACGAAUCGUCAAACUCUUAUAGACUCGGGGCUUAAAUAUCCCAAUGGACUCGUCUAUGACGGAAGUACAAAUAAGUUGUAUCUGUGUGAUGCUGGAACAAAUAAAAUUGAGGUAAUGGACACCAAUGGACAAAACAGGAAGAUGAUUUUUCAAGAUGCAGGGGCCCACUUCUUUGGAAUCGAUGUUGACUCCCAAUAUCUAUAUGUCUCUGAUUGGACCAAAGAUGGAGUUGUAAGGUUGAAUAAAGACGGUUCUGGAGAGACCCCAGUGGGACCACCAUCCUUUGGUAAAUUGAACGGCAUAGCGCUGUACCAUCAAGGGGGUUAAUCCAUCUGAGUACCACACCAAUUCAUCCAACUCAUUCAAAGUGAAUCAGUUUCCGGACAUGGACCUUUAACCCUUUUAUGAAAUGUUUUUUCACAAUAUCCUGUAUAGUAAUAUUUACAUUUAUCGAUGUUUUGUUCUUCCAUGAUUUAUUGUUUAUAAUUUUCGAUAUAAACUGUGACACGCAA